UUUGCCGAAAAUCAAUCUCCCCAAAACACAACACACUCACUUUACUCUCUCUCUCUCUCUCUCUCUCUCUCUCUGUUGUUUUUCUGUUGUGAGUUUCUCACUUUCUCUCGCUACUCCGUUUCUCUGUUUCGCAAACGCGAGAAACAGUUGAAAAACCCUAGCUAUCGUUUUCGUUUUCUGUGUGUGUUGGUUUGAAUCUACUUCAAUUGGAGGGGUUUUAGGGUUAGGGUUUCGAUGGAGUGAGAGCGCGCAGCAAGAUCUACAACGAAGAACCACUCCAAACUCCUCGUCAAUGGCUUCCACCGAUAAGGAGCUUGAAAAGCAGCUACGAGAAGCUGGUAACAAGCUCGCAAAUCCUCCAUCCUCCGUCGACGACCUUCUUCGUCUUCUCGAUCAAGUUGAAAAUUGCCUAUUGAAGGUAGAACAAUCACCUCCCAAGUCUAUGCAAGAUGCGCUCUCUCCAUCAUUGAAGGCAUUAAUUGAUGAUAAACUUUUAAGGCAUUCAGAUAUUGAUGUCAAAGUUGCAGUUGCCUCGUGCAUCAGUGAGAUAACAAGAAUCACUGCACCUGAUGCUCCUUACGAUGAUGACCAAAUGAAGGCGGUCUUCCGGUUAAUUGUAUCUUCAUUUGAAAAUCUAUAUGAUGAUUCAAGCCGGUCAUGUGCAAAAAGGACUUCGAUUCUUGACACAGUUGCAAAAGUCAGGUCAUGUGUGGUAAUGCUGGAUCUUGAAUGUGAUGCCCUAAUUUCAGAGAUGUUUCAGCAUUUCUUCAAGACAAUAAGGGAGCAUCAUUCGGGGAGUGUUUUUGCAUCCAUGGAAACCAUAAUGAACCUUGUUCUAGAGGAAAGUGAAGAUAUAUCGUUGGACUUGCUCUGUCCAAUCAUAGACAGUGUAAAGAAAGACAAUGAGGAAGUUUUGCCAAUUGCUCGAAGGUUGGGGGAGAAAGUUCUUGAAAGUUCUGCAACCAGACUUAAACCCUAUUUAGUGCAAGCAGUUGAUGCCUUGGGUCUUUCUUUGGAUGAUUAUGAUGAUGUUCUUGCCUCAAUAUGCCAAGAUACAUCUGGUAACCUGGACCAAAAUGAUGUUACAGAGAAUUCAAAAGAAGCUGAACAACCUCAACAAGAUGAUCCUGUUGGUGACAGGUCUCCUAAGUCAGUCAUGAGUAAUGGCAUUGCACAGGCUGGAGAAGAUGAUGCUUUGGUAGAUUCCAAGUCCCUAUUGAAGCCAGAUGAUACUGAUUAUUCUGUUCAGUCCAAAGGUGAUAAUUUAUCAGGUAAUGAGAAGCCCAAUGAUUUGAACCCUGAAAAUGUUGAGAGCAAUGAACUAAAGCCAGUUCAACCAACGAAGAAGAGGGGAAGGAAACCUAGCACUUCAAAAAUGGCAGAGCCUUCUGAGGGUUCAUAUCUUGCUGAUGAGAAAGAUGCUGAGAAAAAAAUUGACUCCAAAAGUCAUAGCAAGGAUGUUCCUAGUUCUCAUAAGGGUGAUUGUGCUGAGGCUGCAGGACCUUCAAAGAAUAACAAAGAGGUUAAUGCCAAGAUUUCAUCACCUAAAGCAGGUGAUGGUGAAUCUGAUGCUGUUGCUUCUCCUUCACCAAGUGAGAGGACCCAUGAUGAUGAAAGCCGUUCAAAGAAACGUGGACGCACGAAAAAGAAAGAUAGCUCGGCAAAAGAAGUGGCUGCGGAAGAUGUUUCGCAAAAGGUGUCUGAAGGAACAUGUGAUUCAGAAGCAAAACCAACUAGGCCAUCAGCAAAAAAGGGACUUGGACGUGGCUCUGAUGUCAAAAUAACUACUGUCGUAGAUGCAGUAAAAAAAGGUAGUGGGUCAAAUGAUUUAGAUGUGAAAAAACAAUCUGCUAAAAAAACAGAAGAAAGAAACAAGGGUAGUGGUGGGUCAUCCUUGAGGCUGUCAGAGGACAAGAAACGGAGUGGACGGGGGAAAGGUAACCCUGAAAAAGCUCUUGCAAAAUCUUCCGCUAAAGAUGAGGAUGAGGAAAUGGUGUCUUUGCAAAAGUCAGCUAUGAAAUCAACCAAAGAACAUUUGGAGGAGACACCUAAGACAAAUUUGAAGAGGAAACGUACUCCAGGAAAAGAAAAUGAAUCUGAUAACAAGAAAUAUGGUGACGAGCUUGUUGGAACCCGUGUUAAGGUUUGGUGGCCAGAGGAUAAAGAGUUUUAUGAAGGUAUUGUCGAUUCUUUUGAUUCUUCCAGUAAGAAGCACAAGGUCUUGUAUGAUGAUGGUGAUCAGGAAACAUUAAAUCUUAAAAAGGAAAAAUGGAGUAUUAUUCAAGAUGAUGCUGAUUCAGAUGAGGAAGAAGCAAGAGGUGGUACCAGUCAUGAUGAUGCUUCCGCUGAUAUGCCACCCACAAAGAAAGGGAAGACAAGUGCUGGUGAAACCAAAAAGGAAGGAAAGAGGGAUUCUGCUUCUAAAAGUAGCGGAGGAGCCACAUCAAGUAAAUCAAAAGGGGCAUCCAUGAAGUCUAGCCAUAAGUCAAAGCCGGUUGGCAAAUCUGAGGAUGAAGUGGGUAGAAAAUCUAAGGAUAAUUCUCUGAAGAGAUGUGAUGAAUCUAUUGAUGCUGCACAAAAAAGCAAAUCCAAGAACACCGACAGUUCCAAGAUAAGCAGAUCAAAAGAUGACGUUAGCACACCAAAAUCUGCCAAGUCUAAGCAUGAAACUCCGAAGACUGGAAAAUCAAAGCAAGAAACAUCUAAGAUUGCUGCUGCUUCCAAGGCAAAAUCUCCCAAAAGUGGCAAGUCUAAUACCAAUGGCCCUGGGAAGGUGAAAUCUGUUUCGUUGAAGUCUACAGAUUCAGAGGAUGAGACCUCAGAUGAUUCAACCAGAGAGGUAGAAGACACAAAGGGUAAGACAUCAACUUCAUCGAAGGUUGGGAGUGAGGUCAAAAGUGGAAAGAAGCGUGGAAGAAACUAGAGAUGGUGUGUCCUUUAGCUGCUUUCUCGUUUUCUGCUUAUCAGUAUUUGAACAUUCCUUUCCUCAGUCGGGUCCCUCUAUUUAACCGUUUGUGGUAACCUCCUAAUUAUUGGUGGCAUUUUUAUCUGUAGUUAUGCUAGUUUAGCUGUCCUAGGAGUUAAGUAUCUAGCGUUCUUUUUGCCCACUUUCUAGGUGGAUUUCAUCUUAAGGUGGCAAAAGAAAACAUUUGGUUUAACACAGCCUUGAUGAGAGAUUGUUUUGGCACAUACUGAUAAUGGCUGGUUGGCAAUUUAGUACCUAUUUAUUUUGUAUCUGAAAGGUAUGCUGCACAGUAUGACUGUUAAAGCGUUGGGGGAACCAGCAGUAAGACUGCACUCUUUCGUACCUAUUUGUUUGAUUCACUGGUUUUGAAA